GUAACGCAUGCAUUAAAACGUCUAAAAAGUUCUGUUGAAAAUUUCAAGUUGUCUCUGUGAACUACGAUUUAAUUCCUGCUGGAUUGUUUAAUCUCUCAUCUGACGCGUAUUUUUUACGUCUAUUGGAUUCGUGGUGACACGGAGCUAGUCAAGCAGGGACGAUGACAUUGAGGUUGUACUGUCGGCAUCGUUUCUAUCCACCAAAUCUGGAGGUAUCCAUAUGAAACAGUAAAAAAAAAGUUCUUAUCAAGAAUAAUUUACGUUUUUUUGUCUUAGAAAUUUUGGACCAUGUCUGUUCUUUGUCUGAGAUUAUGUAGGAAUCGGGGGUUUUGGUCACACUUGACACGAACUCUCCAGAUUCACAGCCAAUCCAUCCGUUGUCUGGAGGAGACUAAAUUCCAAACCAGCUUCAGUAAAAACUCCUUUUGCUCAAAAACUCCAAUUCGUGACCAUAAAGUGUUGUCCGCAAUAAGCCAUGGUGUACCCCCAGGAUCUGUUCAAGGUCCAUUUGGACUUCGAUUUCACACCUCAUCGCAUAAUAGGGCCCUACCGGCCCCUCUCAUCUGGAUGCUGCUGAAACCGCUGCAGAAGAUUACGGCCAUCAUCCUGGGCAGGAGUAUAAGAAAGUGGUGGGUUGCUCUCCCAGACAAUCGCAGACAACUAUUGCGGGAAUGGGCUUGGCAUCGCCGCUGGCAACUGUCAGCAGUGACAGGAGCUACCCUGGUGAUCAUUGUCCUCCUUCUCCUGACCCACCUGGACGACACACCUGUGACAGGUCGAACGCGACUCUUGGUGUUUAGCAAGGAGAACUUCACAAAGCUGGCAGAAGUGACCUCUGAGGCGUACAUGCAAGAGUUUGAACAACUACUGAUACCGGCAAAAGACCCUCGUCACCAGGUGGUGGAGCGGGUGGUGCAGCAUUUGUCGCAGAGGAACAAGGACUUCCCAGGAAUAGCUGAUGUCUCCUGGACUGUGCAUGUGGUCCAAAGUCCAGAAAUUAAUGCCUUUGUUCUCCCGAAUGGAAAAGUCUUCAUGUUCACUGGGAUGUUGGAAGCUGUUGCUGACAUCCAUCAACUGACCAUAAUCCUCGGCCAUGAGAUGGCUCAUGCCUUAUUAGGACACUCGGCGGAACAAGCCAGCCUGUCUCACAUCUUGGACCUGCUGUCCAUUCUUUUGCUGACUGCCAUCUGGGCCGUUUGUCCUCGGGACAGCCUGGCUCUGUUGGGUCAGUGGGCUCAGGGCAGGCUCACAGAGUUGAUAUUCAACCGACCCUACAGCAGGAAACUGGAGGCAGAAGCGGAUCAGGUUGGAUUGCAACUGGCUGCAAAGGCAUGUGCAGAUGUGCGAUCAGGCCCUGUGUUCUGGCAACAAAUGGAAAUCCAAGACCAGCUGAGAGGAGAUCCAACCGUCCCCGAGUGGCUGUCCACACAUCCAUCGCACAGAAACAGAGUCAGUCAGCUGGAACGCCUCAUACCACAGGCCCUGGAGUUGAGAGAAAGCUGCGUCUGUCCUGCACUUCCUGCCGCAGAUCCCCGUCUCAUCUUUUCCAAGCGCGUCCAAGCGCUACUAGAAACCUCCAAGGAGCCUAAGGGGGAGGGGCUACAAAAGGUCAUGUCCCUUCAUCAAGAACCUGCUGGACUGUCUGCAGCUCCAAACAACCCAAAUAUGCUUCCAGUAGAGGCUUCUAAAAGGGUAAAUGUCACAGUUGAAUAGGAGAAUUAAUUGAUAAUUCAUUUGAAAUUGAUGGCUGAUAAAAUCAACAUCACAUACUUUUGGUACAAUAACUCUUGACUUUGAAUUAUCAGUAUGACGUGACAUCAACUUUAAUCUCGGGGAAAAACAUGUGGAAAAGCUUUUUAGAGCCGAUAAACAUCAAGCAAUUUUGGACUUGGCUGAUGGAACAUUGUGCAAAUGUCCACUCUACACUCGGUCAGAAAUAUCCCCCAGUAAAGGAAGUGACAACAGCCCUGAACUGUCACUGCCGUGUUCCUCAUCUUAGCGUUCUUACAAUUUGUCAUCUGGGAAAUGUGGGGAUUUCACCUUGGCUGAGGCUGUUGUCUAAGUGUCCAUGAAAUUUCACUGGAGUUGAGGGUGAGUCUCAGCAGACAAGGAUCUGUUUUGGGAUGUGGAGCAGCCAUCUGCGCCGCUGGAAAACCUCAAGGGCUAAAUUUAGACGUCUGCCACAGGAAACACAACAACCAGAAACGGCUAAACAGAUUCUAUAUUAUGGUAACAUGGUGAAGUGCAGCUUACUCAGUUAAACCUUCAUAUGUGACUCUAUGAAAUGAAAUGCGACUUGAUGUGUGUACUCUGUCGGACUUGGAUCUUCCUCUUAUAGAUAAGCAGCUUCCAGCGACUUGCACAACUUCCUUUGCAGCUAAUUCUCUCCUGUCAUUAUGAUUCGGUAACCUUGAAUAGAUGGCACUGAAUAAAUUACAAAGGAUGCAGCAUGCGAUUAAUAUGUGCAUUAUUCAUCAGCACAUGCUAACAGCAAGCACUUUAUAUGUGCGCUGUUGGCAUUUCCACCCAUGAGAUGGUAAUUUCUGUUGUUCUAAUCCCCUGUGCUCAUGCACUCCAAGGAUGCUUAGUUUAGAAUGAGCUGGUUUGUUGCAUUGUCAAACUUUCCUUGUUAACCAGAAGGACCUCAUCCUCCCACAAAAAUGCUGACAAAUCUUUUUUAUUUGUGGUUUCACUGUCAACUACAAAGAGACGCUCAGUGUUGAGAGGAAAGUGGUUUUCCACUAAUCCCAACAACCAUGUGUGUGUGUGUGGUCUCACAACAUACAUCUAGCUUUUUUAUUUUAUACACCUUUAAAAUACUUAUUAACAUACAUAUUAUAUUUGCCAAGUUUGUCUUAGCUCUGUUAGAACCAGACAAAGAGAUGUGGUGUUAAUAAACUAGCUUCAGCUGUGUUUCCCACCUGAGGCAGCCUCUUCAAGAACCUGGCUUGCUGAGAAUUACCAUCUGGAAAUGGCAACUUAAAUUUUAAGAAUCAGCACUCAAUGUUUCCUGAACAAACACAGUGUAGCCCACCUGAAAAUGAGUUAAAUAAUUCAUUGUUUUUGGGAUGUAUUGAUAUUUUCAUUUUCUAAAUAUGAAUUCUACAGGUUUUAUUUGGGAAACAACAGAGGACUACUUUGUGUGAGACUCUAAGUAAUGUACAGAAUCGCUUGCAGUAACAUGAAAUGGCAAAUGCACCAACUGAGCAUUGCAUCAGUGAGAGUUAAGUUGAGAGGAAAAAGAAAAGAGGCUGGAGAACUGUUGAGACGUUUUUUUCGCUAUCCUGUCCUCUUGUUAAAAAUGUAUUGGUGAGGUUUUUUGACCUGUGGUAAAGUACACAAGAUCAUCAAGAGCUCCACUAGAUGGUGAGCCUCCCCUCUUUUGACACAAGUCUCAUGGUGGCUCAUCGGUCACCUGGUAGUUGUGACGUGUAUUUACUCAGACGUGGGUUACAACCUUUCAAAAAAAGCUUUUUCCAUUUCUGCACUAUAUUUUACACUGCACAAUGAUCAUUCUAGUGUUUUAUCUGCCCUGUUAAAAAGGUCAGCUUUCUACUCAGUUCGUGGAGGAACCUGCAGCAUCAGACACUGAUCAUGGAGAGUCAUUUUUACCCACCAAGAACCCGCAAAGAUGUUGACUCGUCAAAUGUAAAGAGUCUAGAAAUAGACUUGACUCAGCAAAAGUUGAUAGAACACAGGGCUAUGCAUCAAAAUCAAGCAUCCUGUCUGUAUCAUGUUGUCCUUCAACUAGCGUAUCAGAGGCUCCAUCUGCGCUUCUCUGCAUAGCCUGAGGCGCACCAGCUCUCCUUCAUGAAGUGACUUUGUGUCUAUAACUUCACCCAAAGUCUGGGACUGUUCUGUGUUUGUAUUCCCUCCUCUCCCACCGGAGACUCCGGCUGCUUCUAACACCUCCACCAAGCGCUCACAGGUAUUUGAGCGAGAAGAAGACGCUGUAGAGGAAGAAACACCCACAACAGAUGAUGCAGAAUGCUUGAUCGAUGGCAAAAGCGAGACGCUGUUUCCCUGACAAAUACACUCCCACAGAGUGCCAGGGCAGCGCGAGAGCAGCCCAGCGCAUCUGCUGUGUAGGUGGCUGAAUGAGGUCCCACAACGCCGUCUGCUGCCCCGCCUGACCUCCCUUUGGGUUGUUGCUCCACAAUGCUUGUGUCUUUCCUGCAUCCAAACUUAGACACAUCCAGCCGCAGCUGCCUUCUACAGCAGAGAGGGAAUAUGGUGAUGAAAAUGUGGUGGAAGUUUCCGUUACUGUGCAUUAAUUAUACAUGUGGCAUGUGGGUGUCUGAUUGAAAUGAAUAUUUUAGUGCUUUUAAUCACUGCCAUAGCUGGAGUGAUGGAGCAUCUGGCUGUGGUUACCUGGGUAAUUACAGAUGCUGUCUCACUCUCGCACACAUGCACGUCUCUCAGCUUGUGUCUGCAGGAAGAGACAGAAGUUCUCCCGAGGUUUAGUAAUGAGAUCAAAUUGGAUUUGGAAUCUUUUAAAGGUAUGUGGCAUAUUGAGGAAUGAAGAAUGUGUUUCCUUCUCUUUUGCCUGUGUCGAACUUUGAUCACACUUUUUAAGUCUGGAACUGAAUUUAAUUUGCCACCGCGGUUUAGAAAUAUCCCCUCAAUGACCUGGAGAAUGUCUCUACCUUCUCAACUCCUGCACGCUUCGUGAUGCACAGUAUUUUGCUUGGUGCUGAUAAAUUGAGAAAAAUACACGUUCCUUCUCUAAAUCAAAACUGAAACUUGUGUCAGACCUGUAACCAAGAGUAGAGCACUACCAUGUUCUGAUAAAGAAACAAAAAGUGCACUUUGUUUUGAAACAUGGCUUUUGGCUGAAUGCUGGUUGAAAAAGUAACCAAUAUUUGUUGAGAAUUUGAUGGGCAAAACAGGCUUUACAGAUGAACUUUCAAUUUGUGACAUGAAAAAUAGAAGAGUAAAAUGUGUUUUCAAGUGAGUUCUCUAAAUAAUAAAAGAAAAUAAAUAAUUUCUGGGGUGUAUCCCAGCUUGAUAGGACAAGCGGUGACCUUUUCCCUGCUCAUGGGGCACCUGUUUAAAGACAACCAGUCAUUAAAAUGUAGAGAUAAUCUUUAUACAUUUUAAGACUGAAAAUGGGUGGGUGUCACAUCCACGUCACAUCGCACAUUAAGGUUGCUGAUCUCCAAAGACAAGUUCUACCAAUAGAGCCUCUGUAAUAUAGUCGUCUGAAAGGAUUCUAUCCUUGAGCCAACAAAUAACAGUGCAAGAGGCAUAGAAGUGUUUAAGUAAGAUGCUACAAAUGCACCCAGCUUCUCGUUGAAUCUUUGAGGGUGUCCACCUGCGUGAGGCUUCACCUGAUUCCCAUAUCAACACCAUUACAGUGAUGGAUCAGUAACUGAAAACAAUUGUCUGUUUAAAAAGAUAAUGUCGAAACCGCAGUGUCAAGUUGUCGUUUUUGUACUCGGAUCAUUAUUUUCUCCGGCACAUGCUGUCAAGCUCGCUGGUCUGCAUUGUAUGUAAAUAAGGGCUCAGUUACGGAGCACAAUACUCUGCCCGAGGGAGAUGAGUUGUUGCUACACAGCUUUCUAUUGAUGUAGCAAUUUUCUCCAACUAUCUAAAACAACUUUUGUAUGCACAUGAAAAUCCACGCACCUGAAGGGUAAAAUAUUCCUUUCUUGACAACAAGUGUUCUCCUCUGAUGUAGCCCUGUCUGCGUGAUAAACAUCUUGUGCUUUACAUAAACAAUCCUGGAGUGGAGGAAGUCAGACCUCAUAAGGUGUUCAUUAGGGAAACAAUGUGCGUGGAGCAGAGAGUCGUAUUUGAAUAAAGCACAGGCUGUUAUUUAUACGCACCGACCUAAAGUGAGUGUUUUGCCGCCGACAAUGAAACAUGUUACAUUGCAGGUAAGUCAACACCUCCACCUGGGAAGCAUAAAUGUAUGAGAAGCAGCAAAGCGGGAGUCUUUCACAGGGUCACGGAGGCUAUCACAGUAUUCUCCUUCAACACAAGUCUUCCUCUAAUGGCUUCUUGUGUGCUGUCCGUCUUUCUUAUCAUCUCGAUCGCUGCCUGUGCGCGCAGGAGUGUGUGUUCAUGGUUGAACUACCAGAGGUUUUUAUAGUCUGUCUACUCUGAUGCUAUUAGAGAUUAGGAUGUUAACACAGUUCCUCAUCUGACUGCAUCGAUCCCAUCCCUGGCAGUGGAAUCACAUUAAUACGAACGUCAGGUACAAGCUUUGUAGCGCUCUUCACAUCUGCCCGUCUGUCUGUGUUGAUUUGAAUUUGAAUAACCAGCCUCCUCACCAGUCUUUCUUACAAGCCGUGGUGCCGUCUAAUGAAGGGAACAAGGGAAAGGAGAUUGCAGAAGCAGAGAGGGAUGUGAGGAUGGGGAAAUGAGAUGAAAUGCUUUCAAUCAGUCUGUACUCUGCUGAUGUUCGGUAUCUGAGGGAAUAAGAACUUGUUGUAAAGGAUCAUAAAAACCAAUAGAGGGAUGUCGCAGCGCUGGUUUACUCAAGGACGCGGGCAUGCAAAGUCCAUUUUGAGUUAAUAAUCCACUGAUUUCAUCUCAGGUGGGGAGACCUGACUUGCAUUUCCUCACUGUGGUCUUUAUAUUUCCAUGUGGCCCAAGAGACGGAAAUCACUUUGUCAUUGCUGUGUAUAAAAAUAAUUAAUAUGACGACAAAGUAUAUUGACUUGGGAAAAAAUACAGGUUUCGUUAUCAAUUUACUUUGUGUUGUCAGCCAUGUUUAUAACCAAGUCUUCAUGCGAAACAUGUCACUUGAGUUCACGCCGCUGUAGCUGGCUGGUCAUCCCUGCCAUCCACAGUAACACGUUUGCCUGGACGAAGUUAGGAUGUCAAGCAUAGUGGAUUGCGCAAUGUGCUUGCCGUGUGAUCAGAUAGGAAUCUCUGUAGUGGACAGAUGUGAAUACAGCAUGCACAUGCGCCACUAGACGUAGGGUUUGCGCCUUUCAAAAUAAAUAAAUAAGGGUGAGCUGAAGAAGAUUCUCCUUGCUACACAUUCCAGUGACCCAAUAACAUCUGAGUUGUGAUCAACCAUUAUUCAAAUAGUGAAAUAAUUUCAAUGCCAUGCUUCAUUAAAAACACUGAAAGGUUUUCAUUUUAUUGGUCCAUAAUGUAACACGUUUAAAAUCGAUCAGUUUCAAAACAAACAAAAUAGUCAUAGACUUAUGUAACAGUAUAUGUGACUAGCCAUUGUGUCAGGACAGUGUCACAAUAUGGACAAAAAAAAAAGAUAAUCUUGACACAAUUAUGCCUGGAUUAACUUCAGACAUAUGUUUGGCCACUCAUGAGGAAAACGUGCCAUAGAAUGUCUAUUCAAUAUCAGACACUUCAUAUUAAACACAAGAUAAACCAUGAAAUAUGUGUAAACAAACCACACGUUUUUUCCAACCGUAGCGCAACCUGCAGUGAUCACUGAAGGGUUUGCAGCAUGAAUGUGCAACACGAGGUCCAGUCCUCCCGUCUGUGGUUCUGUUCGAACCACACCUGGUUCUCGUGAUUUGGCGAACUCCUCAGCUCAGUGUUAUAUUUGUUCUAUACCAUGGAGGUAUUAGCCAUCUUAACUGACCAUCCAUUUUGGAUACUGCGAUCGGACCUGCACUGGAUGUGGCCCAUAUCCAGAACGGAUCCCUGAGUACACAUCUCGCCCGCAUCUGGGCCAGAUGUAUCCUCUUGGUCAGACGGCCACCUACUUAUAUGUACCCACGUUGCCCAAGUUGGAAGACAGUAGUGUGUAAUGCAAUUUAUAUUGUUACAGUGGGUUCUGUUUGUGUAAAUACUCAUCAAUUACAUGGGUGUAUGGGGUGAGGAGGGUAGCCUGCAUGUGUGGUACUCUGAUAGGGAGCCUGUCAACUCACAGCUUCCUACUACCAUAAGAGUGGAAUACAUUAGAAGAAGAAUCACAUUAAUCCUUGUAUGUUUGUUUUUGUGACAUGUUGUAAAUUUGACAGUCUAAUUCCAGCUUACAGCUGGCGGGAACACAGCGUCACAUCAGAGGAGACGCUAAUGCUGGCGCUGUUGGCCGAGUUUUAUAGCAUUAACUUUAUUCUAGACCCUUGUGACUGACCAUAAUUAAAUGCUGUUCAACUCUGGAGCACAUCACUUGCAGGAAAGUUGUCGGGAAUACUAUAGAAUGUGAAAUUAAUUUGUGAAAAAUGUCUGUGCUGUAUCUUUGUGAACUUUGAAAAGGAAAUUGAAAAGUAAAAAUGGCAAAUGAAAAGGAGGAUAGUGACGUGCUGAAAUGAUCAUGUUGUGUAUAAAAAAUAUAUGUUUUACUUAUGUGAAAUUUCUACAGUAAACAUUUUUACUUAUGCUGGCUAUGUAUUGUAUAUGUUGACUGAAUGAGUACUUACUAUGAUGGCCACUCAUAUUAUGUAAGCAGGGUUGAAAGACUCAACUCUAAAAUAAGCUUGUUAUAUACUGAUGGUAUAACAAAUAUUUAAAACUCUUUUUUUUAUUAUCAUUAUUGUUAGAAGCUCGUGUGAUAGAUCCCUUUCUAAAUGUGUCUUUCACUCAAAACAAGAAUUCUCUCGACAGUUUUCUGCAUAUCUUUUCAAGUAAACUUGUAGUUCCUGCUGCUACGACCAUAAAAUCAGACAUGAUAAGAGAUUAUACUAUUGCAAACCCAUCGUAGCUUCACAGAGGUCUGCUUUAUAGUCAGCUUCACCCUUAAACAGAAGAA